AUGCCUCCUGCUGUCGGAGCGGCGUUUCUCAAGUCGGAGGUGAAAUUUGCCCAAGAUGAGUCUCCCCAGUUGGAGGAGGUCAAAUGGUGGCGCGAACCUGGACUGCGACGGCUCUACUUCUGGGCAUCCGUCCUUUGUCUCGCAUCUGCGACCACCGGUUACGAUGGAAUGAUGCUCAAUACCUCCCAGAAUAUGGACGCCUGGCAGACCUAUUUCGGAACCCCGACCGGCUCAAAGCUGGGUUUAAUGAAUGCCAUCUACCAAAUCGGCGGUCUCGUCAGUUUUCCAUUCGUCCCGUUCAUGGCUGAUCGAUGGGGUCGCAAGACUCCCAUUAUUAUCGGGUGCCCUCUUAUGAUCCUCGGUGGGUUCCUUGGUGCAUUCUGCAAGAACUACGGAAGUAUGACUGUCCACUUCAAACGACAGGAAAAUUCUAAACUUGUUCCCACUCUAGUGUAUGUGGCCGGUCGCCUCUUCCUUGGAUUUGGCAACAGUCUGGCUCAGAUGGCCUCUCCUGUCCUCCUCACCGAGAUCUGCCACCCUCAACACCGCGGCAAGGUUACCGCCAUCUACAACUGUCUGUGGUAUUUGGGUGCAUUGGUUGUUGCAUGGAUUGCCUGGGGCACAUUGUACAUUCAUAGUGACUGGUCAUGGAGGAGCUUGACUCUUCUCCAGGUUUUCCCGGCCGUGAUCCAGAUCACCCUCAUCUGGUGGGUCCCAGAAUCUCCCCGUUGGCUCGUGUCAAAAGAGCGAUACGCCGAAGCUCUCAGCACCCUCGCCUACUACCACGGAAAUGGCGACGAGAACAACGCGACCGUCCAAUUCGAGUAUCGCGAGAUCAAAGAGACUAUCCGCAUGGAAAUGCAGUACCAGGAGAACGGCAGUUACCUCGACUUCAUGAAAACUCCGGGUAAUCGGUACCGACUGGCGAUUUUGGUUUCAUUGGGCAUCUUCUCGCAGUACAGUGGCAAUGCUUUGUUCAGCAACUACACCAGCUUGAUCUAUAACAGUAUGGGUAUUACCGAGCAAAAUAAGAAAAUUCCGCUUAAUGGCGGACAAACCCUAUUGAGUCUGGUUGUCAGCGUCAGCAGUGCUUUCUUCGUUGAUCGCGUCGGGAGAAGACCUCUUUUCUUGAUAUCAACUGUUGGAAUGGUCCUCAUGUUCUUAGCGUGGACCGUAACUUCCUCGGUAUACGAGAGAACCCAAGAGGUGAAGACCUCGAGCCAUCCCCAGGUCGUAUUUGUCUGGCUUUUCUCCGCCUUUUACGCGAUCGCAUGGUCGGGUCUCCUGGUCGCCUAUUCGCUCGAAAUUCUCCCGUACAGGCUGCGUGCCAAGGGCAUUAUGAUCAUGAACUUGACCGUUCAGGCCUCCCUAGUUCUUGGGAAUUGUACCAACCCUAUUGCAUGGGAAAAGCUUCCUCAUCACUGGAACCUAUCGCUGAUCUACACGAUUUGGAUUUUCAUUGAGCUUCUCUUUGUGUACUACUUUUAUAUGGAAACUAGAGGCCCGACUCUCGAGGAACUGGUCAAGAUCUUUGACGGCGACAGCGCCGUCGUUGCACACGUGGACCCGCACAAAGUGGAAAGGGAAAUCCUUGUCGACGAGAAAAGUCGCAUGGAGAACACGAGGCCUGGCUAG